GGUUAUUGUUGGACGCUUCCCGGCGUUUGCUAUCUGAUUUUUAUCUCUUCCCUAUUUUGCAGAUGUGUCACUUUUAAUUUUGCCCAGUAGGUGGGACUUCAUGCUCGGAACAUCAAAUUUCUUUUUUCUCGUUGUUUUUAAUGCAAUCCCUGUAAGUCCUAGAGAUGCGUGCGAGAGAAGUGGAAUUCUGAAUCAAAGGGCAGCAGAAUAUAUGACACACCAUGCAGUCUAGUGCCGAAGACACGCCGGGAGUACUCAUAGUUCAGCGUCAUCGUCUCUAAAGGAGUAUUUUUCAUUUUUUUCAUUUUUCAUAUUUUUUUUUUAAAAUCAAGCUUCGUGUACGUCGAUACCGCACCCAAACCCACGCUGACACACACACACACUGACAGUCAGCGGGAAUCACACACCAUGGAUCUAUCGUUCUGUACACCACCAAUUUGUUGGUGGAGGGUUUUGUUUCUCCUGAACAUUUUUCAGCACUACCUGAGCUCUGUUCUGGACUGCCCGCCGACCUGCAGCUGCUCGUUAAUGGAGAUAUAUUGCAAUAAGUCUGACAGCGUGAAAUUUUUCCCUCUGCUUGAGGUGCAAGACCCGGGGAACAAUGGUAACAGCAGCACCAUUACCGAGCUGUUCAAGAACAUCAGCUCCAUACACAUUGAGAACUGGAGAGGUCUCCAGACACUGAAUUCAGUGGACAUGGAGCUCUACACUGGACUUCAAAGACUCACCAUCAUAAACUCAGGCCUUCGAAGCAUACUGCCACGAGCCUUUGGCAAGAAUCCACAUCUGCGCUAUAUAAAUCUUUCCAGAAACCCGCUGAGCACCCUGUCAUGGCAGCUCUUCCAGACACUGCAACUCUCUGAGCUGAGGCUGGAUAACAUCCUGUUCAACUGCAGCUGUGACAUUCGCUGGGUGCAGCUGUGGCAGCAGCGAGGGGAGGCUGGGCUGCACACCCAGCAGCUGUUCUGUAAGACUGGGGAGUCGGAGGUGAUUCCACUCCAGGACAUGAACAUCACACUGUGUGACCUACCAGAGAUCAGUGUGAGCCACAGUAACCUGACGGUCAUGGAGGGGGAGAGCGUGGUGGUCACCUGUAAUGGCUCGGGGUCCCCCUUGCCCGACGUCGACUGGAUUGUCACAGGCCUUCACUCCAUAAACACACACCAGACCAACGUGAACUGGCCGAAUGUUCACUCCAUCAACCUGACUCUGUUCAAUAUCAGCUGGGAGGACAACGGCUUUCAGUUGACCUGCAUCGCGGAGAAUGUGGUGGGGAUAACCAACUCCACUGUCCUGCUGUCCGUUCAGUACCCCCCACACAUCGUGAAGCUGGUGGAGCCUGAGCGCAGACACGACACAUGCGUGGAAUUCAUUGUGCGCGGGAACCCUCCUCCAGAGCUACGCUGGCUGCACAAUGGAGUGGAGAUCGGGGACAAUGGAUACAUCUACACUGACAAGGGAGACUACCAGGACUACCAGGAGGGCUGCCUGAUCUUCAUAAACCCCACACACUACAACAACGGCAACUACACCCUGGAGGCAUGGAACGGGCUGGGCUUUGUCAACGACACUAUCUAUGCACACUUCCUGCACGCCCCCUUCGAGGAAACCGAAGACCCCAUGUAUUCUGUUACCCCCACGCCUCCUAUCAGUGUGACUCACAAGCCAGAAGAGGACACUUUUGGGGUCUCGAUUGCAGUCGGCCUGGCCGGAUUCGCCUGCGUCCUUCUUGUGGUGCUCUUCGUCCUCAUCAACAAAUAUGGACGCCGCUCCAAGUUUGGAAUGAAAGGACCAGUGGCAGUCAUUAGUGGGGAUGAAGACUCAGCCAGCCCACUUCAUCAUGUAAAUCACGGCAUCAUGGCUCCCUGCACACUGGACGCAGGAUCUGACGCUGUGGUUAUCGGAAUGACCCGCAUCCCUGUCAUUGAGAAUCCACAGUACUUCCGGCACGGCCACAACUGCACCAAACCUGCCACCUACGUGCAGCACAUCAAGCGCAGAGACAUCGUGCUGAAGCGAGAGCUCGGGGAAGGGGCCUUUGGAAAGGUCUUCCUGGCAGAAUGCUACAACCUGUCCCCCACGAAGGAGAAGAUGUUAGUGGCUGUCAAGGUUCCUGGAUCCGCCUACUAUCAGCCAUUAAUUGAGAUGGGACCCCACUUUCCACAGACACUGAAGGACCCGACGAUCUCUGCACGGAAGGAUUUCCAGCGGGAAGCCGAGCUCCUGACCAACCUGCAGCAUGAACACAUAGUGAAGUUCUACGGGGUGUGUGUGGACGGGGACCCCCUCAUCAUGGUGUUCGAGUACAUGAAACACGGAGACCUCAACAAAUUCCUCAGAGCCCACGGGCCGGACGCAAUGAUCCUGGUGGAUGGGCAGGCUCACCAGGCUCAGGGGCAGCUGGGCUUGUCUCAGAUGCUGCACGUCGCCACACAGAUCUCCUCAGGGAUGGUAUACCUGGCCUCCCAGCACUUUGUCCACCGUGACUUGGCCACCAGAAACUGCCUGGUGGGCAACAACCUGCUGGUGAAGAUCGGGGACUUCGGCAUGUCCCGGGACAUCUACAGCACCGACUACUACAGGGUGGGGGGCCACACAAUGCUACCAAUCCGCUGGAUGCCCCCAGAAAGCAUCAUGUACCGCAAGUUCACCACGGAGAGCGACGUGUGGAGUUUUGGAGUCAUCCUCUGGGAGAUUUUCACCUAUGGGAAGCAGCCCUGGUUCCAACUCGCUAACAACGAGGUAAUCGAGUGCAUCACGCAAGGUCGGGUGCUGGAGAGGCCUCGGGUGUGCCCAAAGGAGGUUUACGACUUGAUGUUGGGGUGCUGGCAGAGGGAACCACAGCAGCGACUAAACAUCAAGGACAUCCAGAAGAUCCUGUACGCGUUGGGCAAGGCCACGCCAGUCUACCUGGACAUUCUGGGCUAGAAUAGGCCUGCCUGCCUGCGUGAAACAAACCACGAUCCAGGAAUAACCAAACAACAAUAUGUACCUUACUGUACUACUACUCCACAGUCAAACACCAAGAGAUGGGGAUGGACUUAAGUGCCUGCAACACCUUUCAAUACACUGGAUAACCUUUCUUUACACCAAGGGAAAUGCAGUUUGGGCUUUUGUUUACCUGCACAUGAAAUGCACUGAACUCUACUGUAUGAAGAGGAUUUUUUCCUUGGAAAUGACCUCCAUCAAAAGAAAACAAACAAAAAAACCAACUGGUCCAAUUUGGUAUUUAGACAAUAUAACAGAAGAGUUAACUACCCUACUGUUUUUAUUUUAUAGCUUUUUAUUUUAUUUAUUUAUUAUUCUUUUCCAAGUGUGGAUGUCUGCCAUAUUGGUUGCUAAGCGAGUGUCUCGAAUCUGAAACGGCAGCUUCUUGUUUGGGAAAGCACCACAGCGGCAAGACUUCCUGCAGAAGCCUGGAUCACUUUUUGGUGCAGAAGAUGAUAUCCUGAGUGUGUGGGGGGUUCUAUUCAAAAAAAAAAAAAAAAGUUGAGAAAAUAAAAUUAAGAGUCCUCGGAAUGAGGCAGCCACCAAUCAGUAAAACAACAUAAUUUAAUAAUGGAAUGUACAUACUGUAAAUUUCUAUUACUGUCACAGAAUUAUGUUAACUUAUUUCCUGAAUAUGGAAUAUGGUUUUCUUUUUCAAGUUAGCUUCUUUAGUUCCUUGGAGUGCUGUUCUGGUGAGUUAUUUCUAUAAAUGUUUAAGAACCUCCUUCAACUUUUUUGUAUGCAUCAGAGAAUAUAUGUUCUUCUGUUGGAGCACUUGGCUACCUUAAAAUGAUGUAACCAGACUUUAAUGUUGUAUAAAGGAAAGUCAGACAUGGUCAGAAAGAGAAUAGAGCAAGACAAAGUGAGACACACACACACACACCCCUCCUCCUACACACACACACAACACACACUCUCACACACACAACACACA